CUAGAACAACAAUUGACCAAGUUUUUUUUUGUACCAGUGUUUCCAUUAUGGUUCUUGGUUCUUAUGUGGUAUUUGAGUUAUAGUAGACUUCUUUGCACUCAAUUGUGAGAAAUUAGUGAGUCAAAUGAGGAUGAGAAGCCAUUUCCUAUUGUUUAGCAUCUUUGCUCUGCAGGUACUUUUGAUUCAUGCACAGGAUCAAUCUGGGUUCAUUAGCUUAGAUUGUGGGUUGCCAGGAGGUUCAAGCUACAACGAAACCACAACAGGCAUAACUUAUACUUCAGAUGCGCCAUACAUCCAAACUGGCAAAAGCAAUAGGAUAUCUGAUCAAUCCAAUUCAGGGAAGCAGCAACAGUUACUGGAGUAUCUUAGAAGUUUUACUGAAGGAGACCGAAACUGUUACAUGCUAAACCUCACAAAGGGUGACAAAUAUUUAAUCAGACUAACUUUCAUGUAUGGAAACUAUGAUGCAAAAAAUGAAGCACCAGAAUUUGAUCUACAUUUAGGACCUAAAUUAUGGGCCACAAUUGUAUUUCAAAAUGCAUCUACUCUUAUAGUCAAGGAAAUCAUUCAUGCUCUUCAAUCGAAUUAUUUACAUGUCUGUCUUGUGAACACUGGGAAAGGGAUACCUAUCGUAUCAGCACUAGAGUUAAGGCCUUUGAAAAACACGACAUACAACACUCAGUCCGAAAAAGAAUCACUGGAACUUUUCUUCAGGAAUGAUUUUGGUUCAACAUUCAGCAAAAUUUGCCUCAGGUUUCCAGAAGAUGUUUAUGAUCGUGUCUGGACGCCUUACCAAAGAAAUGAUUUGGGACAAAUAAGUACCUCUUCUCCUGUUAGGCCUAACAGCGACUAUGAUCCACCAUCGCUUGGCAUGAGGACUGCCAGCACACCAGCCAACGCUAGUCAACCCUUGAAUUUUUCCGUCCAAUAUUCUGACUCCAAUUCCUCAUUUUAUUUUUACAUGUACCUUGCAGAACUUGAAGAGCUCCAAGCUAACCAGUCCAGAGAGUUCAUCAUCUAUCUCAAUGACGCUCUUUGGUUUGGACCUUUUAGUCCUACAUAUUUGCGGGCAGACACUAUACUAAGCAUACAACCGGGAGAAGGAGGCCAGUUUUCAAUGGUAAAAACCGAAAGAUCAACCCAUCCGCCCAUCCUGAAUGCCUUUGAGGCUUAUAAAGUAAAGAAGCUCCUACAGUCACAAACAUUUCAAAAAGAUGUUGAUGCGACGAUGAAUAUAAAAUCAAUGUAUGGCGUUACGACAAAUAAAAACUGGCAAGGUGAUCCUUGUGCUCCCCAGGAAUACUCAUGGGAAGGUCUUAUUUGCAACUACGAGGAUUCCAAUCCCCCUGGGAUCAUAUCUUUGAAUUUAUCCUCUAGCGGUUUGACCGGAGAGAUUCCCUUAAAUAUCGUCAAUCUCACUCAAUUACAAUAUCUGGACUUAUCAAACAAUAAUUUGAGUGGACCAGUACCCGAGUUUUUAACUCAACUACAAACUUUGACUUUCCUAAACUUGGAAAGAAACGCACUAAAUGGUUCAGUUCCCGCAGGACUCAUUGAAAAGUCAAACAGGGGUUUGCUCCAAUUACAGAAACUUUAUGUACCAGAUGGCAGUUGUUACUUGUUAGUAUUCCUUUUAUCCAAAUCUAAUUACUUUUUCUCUUUGCCAACUGAAUUGAUGAUUAAGUGUGGAAGGAAAUCAAAUUCCUUGUACAAGGGGCUCAUGCACGACAACGAAGAACAACACUGGAGUUGCUCCCUCUCUCAUGGUGGUUUAAAGGGAGAAAACCAUCCGGUAGGACAAAACUUUCAAAAUAUAUCAAGCAAAAUGAUUGUGGUCUCUAGAAAACCAUACCAGAAUAUUGAGUUAAAGAAUCGAGACUUUACAUACUCUGAUGUCCAAAGGAUCACAAACAAAUUUGAGAGAGUUAUUGGGAAAGGAGGAUUUGGAACAGUUUACCACGGUUGCUUGGGUGAUACUGAGGUAGCAGUUAAGAUGUUAUCAGAAUCAUCUAGUCAAGGGUAUAAGCAGUUUGAACCUGAGGUGGAACUUCUUUCGAGAGUUCAUAAUAGAAAUUUCACUACCCUUAUUGGUUAUUGCGAUGAUGUCUCGAUCCGUGACACCAACAUAAGGCUAAUCUAUGAGUACAUGGCCAAAGGAAACUUAUUAGAGUAUCUCUCCGAUAGCAGUAGUAGUGUCUUGAAUUGGGAACGAAAACUUCGAAUCGCGCUGGAGGCAGCACAAGGUUACGACUAUUUACACCAUGGUUGUAAACCACCCAUCAUCCACCGAGAUGUAAAGUCCACCAACAUCCUAUUAACUGAAAACUUGCAAGCUAAGCUAUCUGAUUUCGGGCUAUCCAAAAGUUUAGAAGGUGUCUCUUAUGUAUCCACCGUCGUUGUCGGUACCCCUGGAUACCUUGACCCUGAGUAUUCUACAACAAACAGGUUAACAGAGAAAAGUGACGUUUAUAGCUUUGGGGUAGUUCUUUUGGAAAUCAUUACAAACCGGCCAGCGAUUGCAAGAAAUAUAGAUGAGCCUGCUCACAUAAGUCAUUGGGUUGGUUCCAUGUUAUCCAACGGGGACGUCGAAAACAUUGUGGAUUCAAGGCUGCAAGGAGAUUUUGAAAUAAAUUCAGUACAGAAAGCGAUAGAUGUGGCAAUGGCUUGUUUAUCUCCAGCUUCCAAGGAAAGGCCAACAAUGAAUUAUGUGGUAAUGGAAUUGAGCGAGUGUUUGUUAGCAGAGAUAAGUAGGACAAGGGGAGUGAAUGAAGACGGAUCGCUAGAAUCAAUUUCCAUGGGAUCCUUGAAUUUUGAUUCUGAUAUAACUCUACCAAGGUGAUCAGGACCGGAA